CCGGUGACCGGUCCACGAGGCACACGCAGACGCGACGCGAGUGAUCGAACACUCCGUCAUGCUUCGCCACGUCGUCUCUCGGGUCGCGCGCCAGGCGCGCGCCCCGAACUUCCAGUCCGUCUCCGUUCGCGCGAUGGCCGAUAACGCCGUCUCCGCGGACGACGCCUCCGCCGCCUGGGCCAAGGUCAAGGCCUCCGUUGCCUCCGACGAGGGCCUCAGGAACAUCGCCCAGCUGCAGAAGGCCAUGAACGAGGUUCGCGACGAGGUUGGCCGCGACGCCAAGCCCUUGGCUCCCAUCGACUGGGAGAACCUCAAGAAGCGCUCCGGCAUGCCCGAGCUCAUCGAGGAGUGGAGGAAGGGCCUGGCCAACGUCAAGUACCCCGCGUACGACGGCAACGAGGUGGCGGAGACCGCCGCGGUGUUUAAAGACCUCAUCGCGCAGGCUGAGAAGCUCUCCGCGGCGGCGAAGGCGCGAGAGGCUGAGAUUGACGCCGAGCUCGCGAGCCUCGCGGAGGACAAGGCGAAGCUCUCCACCGUCACCAUGGACGAGGUGUUCGAGAAGGACCCGGCGCUCAAGGAGGAGGUUGAACAGCGGAUCAGGGAGGGCAAGUGGUUCUGAUCGCACCUGUAACACGUCUGCAUUGUAACUCACAUUUGACUCGACAC